UCAGUUGUAGAGUCGUUUUAAUGCGUCAGAGGCGUAACCGAGUACGACUUUGCAAGUUUAUUUGCAUGUUGUGAAAUUUUAAAACGCGCUUUCUCACUGUAAAAAAUAUUUAUUUCGAGGCAAUGGCGCUGCUCAGAGGAUUGACUGUGUUAAAUAGAGUUUCUCCAAACAGCUGCUUCAUGACAGCACGACUUUUUGGAAAUGGGACAAACACUUUAUACCAGACCGAUCCUCCCCACGCUAGAUUCUUCCCACCUUCUGAAGGUGCUAUGCUUCUCCCAGGAACUUACAAAAACAAAGUGGCCUUCAUCACCGGAGGAGGAACAGGACUUGGAAAAGCCAUGACCACCACUCUGUCUUCACUUGGAGCAGAGUGCAUGAUAGCCAGCAGAAAUCUUGAUGUUUUGAAGAAGACAGCAGAUGAAAUCUCACAGCAGACAGGAAACAAGGUUCAUGCCGUCCAGUGUAAUGUUAGAGACCCUGCAUCAGUGGAGGCUGCUGUCGAUCGACUUGUAAAUGAUGUCGGCUUGCCUGAUGUGGUGAUAAACAAUGCUGCUGGAAACUUCAUCUCUCCUUCAGAGAAUCUCUCUCCCAAUGCCUGGAGAACCAUCACUGACAUAGUGCUGAACGGCACUGCAUAUGUCACUCUAGAAAUCGGGAAACGCCUCAUCAAAGCUGAGAAAGGUGCUGCUUUUCUGGCCAUCACCACAAUCUAUGCUGAGAGUGGCUCAGGAUUUGUUGUGCCAAGUGCUGCUGCUAAAGCUGGAGUGGACAAGCUUUGCACGUCUCUGGCAGCAGAAUGGGGAAGAUAUGGCAUGAGAUUCAACGUUAUUCAACCAGGACCCAUCAAAACCAAGGGCGCCUUUAGCAGACUGGAUCCCAUCGGUACAUUUGAGCAGGUGUUGUUAGAGAAUGUAGCCGUGGGUCGUCUGGGAACUCCUGGAGAGAUCGCCAACCUUGCUGCCUACCUCUGCAGCGAUUAUGCCAGCUGGGUUUCAGGCGCGAUCAUUCGAAUGGAUGGCGGUGAAUAUGUCUCGCUAGCUGGCGAGUUUAAUGGCAUGAAAGCGGUCACAAAGGAGCAAUGGGCCAUAAUGGAGGCAAAAAUCAGAAAUACAAAAGGAUCAUAAACCUCUGCGGUACUGUGGUAAUUUGGCACCAGAUUUCAUUCUCCCAUUGUAACACAGAGGAUCAACUAUUUUGAAACAUGAUUGUGUAAAUUGUGAUUUAAAUUGUCUUGGCACACAAAAAUGUUCAUCCAUUUGAUGUUUUUAAGCUGUGCCAAAUUUUUGACCAGUCUGCCAUUUCUGCCUUAACUAUCCAUUGUAACAAUGGUUACAAUUACAUUAAUUAUGCUGUAAACUUGAAAGGUUGCCUUUUUAGUAGGUAUGAUUGUUUGGUAUACAUUAACUUGUUUCAUGCUUAGAAAUGAAUUCAGUAAAAAAAAAAAAAAAAAAAUAUAUAUAUAUAUAUAUAUA